GCACAGCAAACCACAGCAGAGCAGGGAGAGGAGCUGCACUUGCGCAGACAUUGGUCCCGGUUUUAUUAAGCGGGCUGAGCUCAGAGACAAAGUAAAGUAUCGAUCAAACAGCAAUAACACAGCGUCGCUGUCGCUUCUAUCGACCCGCCGCAGCUGAAGCAGCCAUGUGUUCAGCUGAGUCUCUGAGAGAGUUCAUAGAGGAGAGGCUGACUGCUGUUUGUCAACAAAUCUUCUGCGAGGUUCAGAAAACCAUCGUCCAGUAUGAGGAGGAGAUCGAGCGUCAGCGCAGACUGCUGGAUAUCAGCCGGAGACCCGACACACACUCACACGGCUCAGAAUUCCAGGAGGACCCGGAGCCUCCACAGAUGAAAGAGAGACAGGAGGAGGAACCCUGCAGCAGUCAGGAUGGAGAGCAGCUGGGAGUGAAGCAGGAGGCUGAUGGCAUCAGAACUGAUGAUGAGUGGCUCAAACUGCUGGCGACCACCUGGAAACCCGAUAUAAAGCUGCACAGAAUAGACCUCCAACAACUAAAUGUCUGUGAGGAGGAGGUGGAGAAGGAGGAGCCACUCACAAACCAGGAAAACUAUAACGAGGAGAGGAGCUCCAGUGUAGACCAGGAGGACCCAGACCCUCCACAGAUUAAUGAGGAACAGGAGGAUCUCUGCAGCAGUCAGAACAGAGAGCAGCUGGGAGUGAAGCUGGAGGCUGAUACCUUCAUGGUUACUCCUGCUUAUGACGAAAGUGACCACAGUGAAGCAGAACCAAACAGUGAACAAAUCUCUGACUGCUCUGCUGAGAGCCACGAUCAGGAAGAAAGCCACCAUGUGGACUUGGGGUCACCUGAAAAUGCAGAGGUGAAGAAGAGGAGACAUUGCAGGAAGAAAAGUGACAGUAAGAGAGCAGAAAAGGCUGCUGUAUCAGAGAGUCAGGGUCAAAGUGAGACAAGAAAAAAGACUGAACAAUGUGAUAUCUGUGGGAAAACUUUUCAGUUUAAAUCACGCCUGAUUGCACAUGUUAGAGUUCACACAGGUGAGAAGCCAUAUUUGUGUAGCACCUGUGGGAAAGAAUUCAAUUACAAGUCAAAAUUGGUUGUUCACACAAGGGUUCACACAGGUGAGAAACCAUAUUCUUGUAGCAUCUGUGGUAAAACGUUUCUUCUUAGAUCCCUGCUGACUACACAUUUUAGAGUUCACACAGGUGAGAAGCCAUAUUCCUGUAGCACCUGUGGGAAAGUGUUCGCUUCCAACUCAAAAAUGAAUGCUCACAGAAGGGUUCAUACAGGUAAGAAACCAUAUUCUUGUAUGACAUGCGGAAAAACUUUUAAGUGGACAAGCAACCUGAAAAUGCAUCUCAGAGUUCACACGGGCGAGAAACCUUAUCCUUGUAGCAAAGCUCACACAAAUUCACACAAGGGAGUGAAGGCUGUAGAAUCUGUGGAAAAAGAUUUUGUUAAUGAGACCCGAUAAUUGAUAUUGCUUAAAAGUGUGAUACUUAGAAAAUGUGGGACAGCUGUGAGUCGUAGCAGUGUGUUGGUGGUAGAGCUCACACUGUCCCGGAGUCAAAUCACUGCAACACCUGAGUGAAAAGAUGACCAAUAUUCAAAUCAGCAUUUUCUGUCCAGAGCAGUAAAAACUCUCAGCAUUCUUUAUUCAGUUCAUUACAUUAUUCUUAUAAUUGUAUCAGGGAAACCCUGAUCUUACAUAUAUUGAUGGUUAAAGUUCAGUGUGCUCCUUUUCUUCCAGAUCAUUGUUUAGUUCUUUUGUUUAUCAAUGUGUGUUAAAUUUUAAAUAAAUAUUUAAUUCAUUAAAUUAAAUUAUUUUUGAAGGGCAAUCGCUAACAUAUGUAAGCAGCAUAAAAGACAGUUCUGUCUAAUUUCAGAGUUUUUCUUUGUUUUUAUUUUUUAUUAAACAAAUGUACAAACAGAUGUUGUUUUUUGUUUUGUUUUUUUAACAUUUAGAGAACAUGCAGCACAAAAAGUUAUUCAAUUUGUGUUUGUUUGUUUAUUUGUGUGUUGUAACAAUGCUUUUUGACAAU